AUGGCAAUACCUCGUGAAGUCUCUAUGGCAGAAUGGGAGAGUCACAAACCGGCCGUCUGCAAGCUUUAUGUCGAUGAGGCUUUGACGUUGGCCCAAGUGAUGGAUCAGAUGGCCAGCCGUUAUAGCUUCCACGCAAGCGGAGCACAGUACAAGAGAAAGCUGAAAGCAUGGGGCUUCCAGAAGAACCAAAAGGGCGAGUUCUGGAAAGACAUCAGUCUGACCUUGAAACGCAAGAAUCUGGACCCCACCAAUGUGGACGUCUUGCUCCACGGAAAGCUUGUUCCUACGAAGAAACUGAAAAACAAGAUAUCUCGAUAUGACCUGCCGACAUUGAAGUUGAAUCCAUCCCUCCCCGCAUCCUCUACCAGAGACACCAUUCUUCCGGCAACCUGGAGAGCCCAGACUCCUGAAGGGGUUCUGAUUCGCCCCAAAACACAAAUCCCGCGGUCUCUUAGGAUUGAAUUGCCGUGGCACGAACUGCGAGCUCAGCUCGAUAGGGUCAUUCCAUACCUUUUUCCGACGGAGGCGAAUCGGUCUCCAACACCUUUACCUUCCUCGUACCUAGAUACUACCGAAGAUACAACUGAAUGGUGGAUCUAUCAACACUCCCUAUUUGGGCAAAGCCAUGGUAGCAUCAUCGACGCACGCCACAAUGACUUUGUUGGUGACAAAAUUGCCAGCGUACUCAAUGUAUCGCCGUUGGCAGCUCGGCAUGAAAGUCUAAUUGUGAUUGUGACUUUGAUGGCGCCAUAUGUCCCUGAGAAAUAUGAGAAAGAGACGCUGAAUUCUGCCUGUCAACUGAUUGAUCCUGGCUCAUCGAAGAGGAUGCAGGUGCUAAUAUCAUUCAUGGCACUUCUGCUCGCCAACGACGUACUAUCUGAUGAAAGACUUGACGCCUUUGUGGGCUUCCUCGACGAAAUAGCGGGAAAGCAAGCUUUCGGCAUGCUACCUCUGAGGGAUGAACCCAGCACAAAGGCUAUCAUAACGCAACUUUUGUUCGCCGCUGUUCGGAAGGACGUGCCAAGAUUGAUUCAGAGCGCGUUAGAGAACAAUGUAAACAUCAAUCGCCAGUCCACUGGUGGGGAAUCAACAACUUUGAUCCUAGAAGCCAUCCGGCUUGAAAGACUCCACAUCAUUCAAUUGCUGAUCGAUGCUGCGGCGGACCUACAACCAAUUCGGCUAGGUGGGACAGAAUACCAUAGCAUCAUGUGCCGCGUGCCUCGACACGGGAGAUCUGCAUCCGAAGUCUACGGAAUGCCUCGAUUCUAUUGCUUUUGCGAGCGUUCCUCGUUUGUUCGCCGCACUGUUUGCGGUAGAGCUGCUUCCACAAGAAUCGCCAACGAAGUUCUUCCCCUAUUGCUGCACGCAUCGGGCACGAUUGGACCCGGUCCAGUGACCACCCUAGCGAUAUCUUUCGGUGGUAGUACGCACACGAUCGAAAAGGUGUUACGGGCCGGCGGGUCCGUCGAUGAAUAUUAUAUACCUCCUCGGUCCAACGGCAUAGAUGAAUGUGCAGCGAAGUCAACUCCUCUAUGUGCUGCAGUGACUUCUGGUGAUGCUCGGUUGGUCGGUCUUCUCCUGAAGUAUGGAGCAGACCCCAAUGGCCCGAUAGCAAGAUACACAAAGGAUUUCCUCGCAGACUGGGGCAAAUACUUUUACAAAUCGCCGCUGGUCAUUGCCACGGAACAAGACAAUCUCCAAUUAGUGCAAUCGUUGCUUGAACAUGGCGCAGACCCAAAUCUGUGCCCUUUGGAAGUCCUCGACAGGGCGCAAAAGGAACAAUGCAUCCGCAAGGUUAAGGACGACCAGGACGACCGCGGACCACGAAUUGUUGUCCUUUACCCACUACAGGCUGCAGCAGGCCUGGCAGACACUCAUAUUGCAGAGGUGCUCCUGGAUUACGGCGCAAACGUCAAUCCACUUCAUGAUACUCCGCCAUUAUCUAUCGCAGCACAUCAUGCCCAUCCCAAAACCCUCGACCUUCUAUUAUCAAGGGGCGCGAUGACAAAUCCAUCUCCUGCGAAGGACUUCUGGUUGUCGCCUCUUGAAGGAGCUGUCAUCUCCGGAAACGAAGAUAUCGUUAAACGACUGCUCAGCGCAGGCGCAGAUCCGCAUGGUUGCUCGGCCUGGCUAGGUGGAAGAACACCACUGCAGCGAGCUGCUGAGAAUGGCUCUACCGCCAUAUUUGACACCUUACUAAGAGCAGGUGCGGCGCUCGAGUCUUCUUUUGAUCCCAACCAUGGAGCGACGAUACUGUAUUGGUUUGUGAUGCAUCGAAACCACGACCGCGUGACGCAGCUUCUCUGCGAUGGAGUGAGUCCGACUGGAGACCCCGUUAACCGGAGAUCGCCAUUGACAGCAGCAAUCUUCGUCAAAGACCUGGAUAUGGUUGCCCUCUUGAUCAAAUGGGGCGCAGAUCCCAACGAGCCCUAUCCGAUGUGCGAAGAUCUGUACAGCGGUGGACAACAGUCAAUUCUGUUCCGCUUCAGGCCAAAGUGUAUCCCAUCGUAUAGGACCCCGAAGUCGCUGGGUUCGAUCCCUCCUCUGCAGUGGGCAGUCAGCACAGGGCGACUCGAUGUGGUAGCUAGCCUCUGCAGCUCCGGCGCUGAUGUGAAUGGCACUAGUAUGCCUGUCGACACUUCCCUACCUGGCCUCGAUUUGACCGCACUUCAUUUGGCAGUUGCUCACCAGUUUAAAGACAUCGUCACGUACCUUUUGGCCCGAGGGGCAGAUAUCAACUCUAUCGCCAACUUUCCUGCCAGAGAAAUCUCAACUUUGUGUAUCUCAAUUUCUCACUCGGACCAAGAAGUUACAGAACUACUGUUGCGCAACGGGGCGGAUCCAUACGUGCCCUGUCGCAAGAACCAUAAGCGACCACAGGAGGAUAAGAGGAUAGGGCCCAAUACAAUUCUGCCUCUUGAGUAUGCCUGUAAACGCAAAGACAAGAAAAUGGUCCAAUUUCUUCUGUCUUCAGGUGUUGAUGUGCGCGUCGGCUGUCCGCUUGUCGAAGCAUUUGGCAUUGAGUGGGACAACGCUAUGUCUUUUUUGGAUGGAGCGGAAUAUCAGCGGGUUCGCAACCGAGUAAUCAACACAAUGGAGCUCUUACUCUCUCACGGAGCAGACGUAAAUCAUCGGCUCGAAGGCAAGAGCACUCCUUUACAGGCUGCAAUCCUUUGUGCCGCCAGCAUUUCCUUGACGCUGAACGCGAAGGAGGGCGUGGCGGAGCAGGCCAUGAAGCAGGCCGCGACGCAGUCAUUGCUUCACUGUGCUCGCAGAUUGAUCGAGCUCGGUGCUGAGAUCAAUGCCCGACCAUCACACAGGGGUCUCGGUAGGACUGCGCUUCAAGCUGCCGUCGAGGUUGGCGAAGUCGAAUUCGUACAAUUUCUGCUCACGAAAGGAGCAGAGGUCAACGCCCCGGCCGCUCCACGUGUUGGCGUUACCGCGCUGCAAGCCGCUGCGAUAAGGGGAUUUUUGCGGAUCGCCCAGAUCUUGCUGGAACAUGGGGCGGAUGUUGAUGCGGAUCCAAGUCCUGUUUUGGGACGAAGGGCAAUUGACGGCGCAGCUGAAUGGGGACGAAUCGACAUGGUGAAAUUUCUCCUUGACAACUACAACGGUCCAAGAUCUAUUCCCGACGUGUGUGCUAGUGCGAUGGAAUGCGCCAGAUGGAAUAGCCAGUGGUACGUGAUGGAGUUGCUGGAGAAGUACGAGCCGCCGGCACCAUGA